AGUAACAGAAUUUCUAAUACCCAAAUCUACAAAAGAACUUACCUUUAUCCUGCUGAACAUGUUUGGUAAAUUUUUUGUAGAUAGAAUUCUAAGUUAGUUCGGGAAUUUUGACAUUUUAUGUUACAUUGUACAGAAUACAUAAUCAAGAAGAAAUGAAAUUUUUAGACGGUCCUUUACAAUAAUCAUUUAGUUUAGACUAUUAAUAAGUGAAAGUUCAUGGUACGACGAAGGGUAUUACGGUAAUUUUAUAUUGUCCAACUUUUUUCUCCUUCUAGACACAUCCUAGACAAAUCCUUUUUUUAGACAGAUCCUUUUCCUUUCCACUUUAGUGCCUUAUUUCUCCUUUCUUUUCUCUAAUUUCUCGCUGCCUCUCUCUCCAUUCUGCUUUAAUCUCUCUUUCAGAUUUUGCUAUUAUUGAGCAGAGUAGUAAUUUGUUGUUGUGAUACUGUGCUGGAGUGAACGUCGUGCGUUUGGAAAGUAAAGUUGCUUACGGGGCACAGAGGAACACUGUUGUGACUUAAAGGUCAGGGACCUCAAAGCUGGAGGUAUAACAUAAGAUUUUCUUGCAAGGAUCCAAGUUUCCUGCUACUGGGGAUAUAAAAGGACACAGCGACUUGGUAUAUAUGCAAUCACUCCUGAAAUACCAGACUGGACCUGUAAAGUGCAAGUUGUGGAUAUAUGCAAACCAGGAAAAGGUUCUCACCGAAAGAUAAAAUAUUUGAACAUGAUCUUUCACGAUGAACAGAUAUACACGCAAUUGUUGUCCGCUGUUUCCCGCCAAGGUUUGUUGCAAAAGUCCAGAAAAGAACUCAUUCUCAUCGAUACUGACAAACAAGCUUUCACCUUCACACUAUGGGAAGAAACUAUUAUUGAGGACGAAGGCAAGAAACUCCUUGACCAAUUCCAAAAACGUCUUAUUAUCUUUGCCAGGCGUAUUGGGGUAUCCAAGUACAAUGGUAUAUCGUUGACAACAAAAUUUAACACCACAAUACAAAUUGAUCCCCCUUAUUCCCAAUGCCUACAAUUGCACACAUGGGUCACAGAAAACAGAGAAAUGCUUACUUCUUUCAGUCUGAGGAGCACAUCUGAAUCUGGAUCUCUUAUCAGCAUCUCAGUAGAUGAACAAAUAGUCCCAAUUGCAAAUGUUCAAUCACAACAGGACGGGCAUUCCUUUUCCAUUGAGACAAAAGUAUCACUUCCAAAUAAACUCAAAAGUUGCUAUGUUUUACUAUGUCCCAACUGCAAACAAGAAGUCAGAAGUUUAAUAAAAAGAAAGUUUCUGUGUAUGACUUGUAAGCAACAAAAUAUGUUAAUUCCCAGGUGCAAAUUUGAUGUAAAUCUCCAAGAUGCUUCCGGAUCAAUAAUUGGGAUAAUUAUGGACAAAGAAGCAGAAAAAUUAUUAUCCCUUACCACAGAUGAGAUUUACGCCCUUGCUUCAAAUGAGGAUAACCUUUUUUUGCAAUCACUUUUGCGUUUUGCGGAACAAAGGGAAAUCAAUUCUCUUUUGAAGCUUGCUUUUGACUUGUUGUCUUGCAACUACAUGUUCCAACAACAUAUACAUCCAUCAAACAAAGAGAGGAGCUUCAAACAACUGUGUUGUCUAAGAUCAAAGAGGGGCGAUGUUCCCUAUUUCUUUAGGGAUUUAGUCUGUCAAUUCGUCCUUUAUGAAAUUCUAACCUGGUUUAUACUAAAGGGCUGCAUGCAAUAUGGAUGGAGAGAAACAAAAGGUAAUUUGAGAAAGUGUCAAACACUGUGGAAACCAUAGCAAAGGAAGUGGAAAUCACCUGCAGCAUCAAAGCAACACCAAUCAUUAGCAGUGUUAGGAGAUCAAAGUCAGACCAAAAGAGUCUCUUCCCUUUUAAAGCUCAAGUCAGCAUAUAAUGUUACUUCAAGUAAAGGUUUAUCGGGAUACUGUACAAGUUUCUCUUCUCUUUUCCACAGCCGACAACAACUGAUUGAAUCCAGAUUGUACCCGCUUACACCAAGAACAUCAAGAAUUUCACAACUUUUCUCUUUCUAGCAAGCUUGGCAAUGUAAUAAUAUAACUUUGUUCCGCACAAUAUGAAGCAUAUUAUGUUAUGAGUAAUUUUAACUUGAUGGUACUGGUUCCUUUUUUUUAGUUAAACUCCUACAAAAGUACCUUGCAAAAGUCAAACCACUUCCAUAUGCCAAAUGCCUGUAACGUUCACAUGGAAAGACGAAUAGCUAAUUGAUUAGCGUAGAGAUGGAGAUUCCUCUUUCUGCUUUAUUUCUUUUCUGUCUUUUCAGAGCUUCAGCUCCGCCUAAAUUCAGUCUUGGAUAACUGAUCAAUUAGCAACAAAGUAAAUCAUUUUGUAAGCCUUUUCUUUUCAGUAACUCAUGAGCAUCACAUAAAAUGUUCCAUUAAAACAUUCCACAGUUACGGACUAAUUUAAGAACUUACUUAGAAAGAGAUCAAAAUUGUAUUAAUUCAUGCCUUUCUACUGCAACAUCAUCCUUAGCUCUGAUGCAGAUCAAAGUCAAACCAAAAGACUGUCUCUUCCCUUUUAAAGCUCAAGUCAGCAUAUAAUGUUACUUCAAGUGAAGAUUAGCGCUCUUAAGGAGAACAUUGGAAUUACCCUUCUGUUGAAAAUAUGCCCCAUCUUAUGUUUUUUCAAGCUGCUGGAGUUGAGACACUUUGAUGCUGGUUAACACCCAAAUGCAAUUUCUACAGCCAACUACAGCUGCUUGAAUCCAGAUUGUAGUUCCUUACACGAAGAACAUCAAAAAUUUCACAGCUUUUCUCUUUCUAACAAACUUGGCAAUGUAAUAGUAUAACUUUGUUCCGCACAAUAUGAAGCAUAUUAUCUUUAUAUAAAGCAUAUUUAACUUGAUAGUA